CAAUAGUGGCUAUGGACUGACUCUCUUGCCCUCUUCUCAACAGGGACCACGAUGUUUAACUUCCCUAAUUUAAAUGUAAAUGGCUCUUUCCCACCCCUCUCUUUGCAGUGUCUGCCAGCGACUGCGACUCAGAGGAGAACGCCGAGCUGACCUACUACACGCUGAGCCCGGACUUCACCAUCUCCCCGCACGGCACCAUCUUCCCUGCUGGCCCGCUGGACUUCGAGAGACCCAACCAUCUGUACGAGUUUGUGGUGAUGGCGGUGGACCGCGGCCAGGCUCCCCGGACCGGCACGGCCACCGUGCGCAUACGCAUGGCCAACAUCAACGACGAGGUGCCCGAGUUCUCCCAGCAUGUCUACAGGACAUUUGUCUCGGAGGAUGCAGGGCCCAACACACUGGUUGCCACGGUACUGGCAAAGGACCCGGAUGGCGACGGGAUUACCUACAAAAUCACAACAGGGAACGAAGAGGGGAACUUUGUCAUCGACAGCCAGAAAGGACUGAUCCGUCUGCGUUCAAGCCCGCCCCCACGACUCCAGGGGGUGGAGUACAUCCUGAACGUCACGGCGACGGAUGACAACGCAUCAGGUGGUCCGCAGUCUCUGUCCUCCACAGCCCAGGUCAUCGUGGGGGUGGAUGACGUCAACAACAACAAACCAGUCUUCGAAAAGUGCCAGCAGUACCGGGACCGGACCUCGGUGCUGGAGAACCAGCCGGCCGGGACCUUCGUGCUGCAGGUGCAGGCGGUGGACGCGGACGAGGGCUCCAACGGCCGGGUGUCCUACGGCUUCAUGCACAAGGACUCCACCGUGCCCGCCUUCAGCAUCCACCCUGAGACAGGAGUGAUCGUGACGGCGAGGAAGUUUGACCGGGAGCGCCAGCGGGAGUAUGCGGUGACGGUCACCGCCACCGACCAGGCCACUGACCCUCUCAUCGGCAUCUGCCAGCUCAACAUCCUCAUCCUGGACCACAACGACAACAGCCCCAAGUUUGAGAACCUCCGAUAUGAGUACUUCCUUCGUGAGGACACCAUGAUUGGUACCAGCUUCUUAAGGGUGGCGGCUCACGAUGAUGACUUUGGCUCCAACGCCGCAGUCACCUACUCCAUGUCCAAUGAGCAGCCAGAAUACCUCCGGGUCAACCCUCUGACCGGCUGGGUGUUCGUCAACCAGCCCAUCUCUCAGAGGACCUACAUCACCAGGGAGAUCGUUGCGACAGACGGGGGAAACAGGAACAGCUCCGUGGAGCUGGCGGUCACCAUCACCAACGUGAAGAACCAGCCCCCACAGUGGGAGAGGGAGAGCUACGACGUUGUCAUAGCGGAGAACACCGUCCGGGACACGCCCAUAGUGACCAUCAAGGCCACCUCGCCGCUGGGGGACCCCCGUGUGACCUACAACCUGGAGGAAGGCCUGGUGCCGGAGACCAACAUGCCCGUGCGCUUCUACCUGACGCCCAACCGGGAGGACGGCUCCGCCUCCAUCCUGGUGGCCGAGCCGCUGGACUACGAGACGACCAGGAACUUCAUGCUGCGCGUGCGGGCCCAGAACGUGGCGGCGGUGCCCCUGGCCGCGUUCACCAUCGUCCACAUCAACGUCACAGAUGUGAAUGACAACGUCCCCUUCUUCACCUCGUCCAUCUACGAGGCCUCGGUCACGGAAGGGGCAGAGUCUGGGACGCUAGUCUUUCAAGUUUCUGCUAACGACCUGGACCUCGGCAUGAACGGCAAGAUCACCUACUCCCUGCUGGCAGACAGGAGUGGAGACCACGAGUUCUUCCGCAUCGACCCGGAGCUGGGCUCCAUCUACAGCCAGGCGGUGUUUGACAGGGAGACCAAGGGCUCCUACCUGCUGGAGGUCCAGUCGGUGGACGGCUGGGAGUCAGCCCGGCCCGGCAAGCAUGGACAGCCCAACUCAGACACUGCGUACGUGCGCGUGUUCAUCAGCGACGUCAACGACAACCGGCCGGCGUUCGCCCAGGCGGACUACGAGGUGGCGGUGGAGGAGGACGCCGACGUGGGUCUCGCCAUCCUCACCGUCAGCGCCAACGACGGAGACGAGGGGGCCAACGCCAAGCUCCGGUACCAGAUCACCUCGGGGAACACCGGAGGUGUGUUUGACGUGGAACCAGAGGUGGGAACCAUCUUCAUCACCCAGACCCUGGACUACGAGCAGACCAAAAGGUACCAGCUGCACGUGGUGGCGUCGGACGGCAAGUGGGAGGACUCCACCACGGUGGAGGUGAGCGUGGUCAACAAGAACGACGAGGCGCCCGUGUUCACCGUCAACGAGUACUACGGCAGCGUCACCGAGGAGCUGGACGGCUCGCCCGUCUUCGUGCUGCAGGUAACGGCGUCCGACCCGGAUAAAGACGCCAACCAGGAAGCGCUGCGCUACUCUCUGCACGGCCAGGGCGCAGACAGCGAGUUCAUCAUCGACAAGGGCACGGGAAAGAUCUACGCCCAGCGCACGCUGGACCGUGAGGAGCGCACCGUGUGGCGCUUCGUGGUCAUGGCGACGGACGAGGGCGGCGAGGGGCUGACGGGCUUCACCGACGUCAUCAUCAACGUGUGGGACAUCAACGACAACGCGCCCGUCUUCACGUGCACGCCCAGCUGCCACGGCGACGUGGCCGAGAACUCGCCGGCGGGCACCUUGGUGAUGGAGAUGACGGCCACGGACCAGGACGACUCGGCCGUGGGCCACAACGCCGUGCUGUCGUACCGCAUCGUGGGCUGCGUGGACGCCACCGACGGCGCCUUCGGCGAGGACGCGGGCGGAGGCGGAGUCUCGGCCCACAUGGACAUGUUCUCCAUCAACGGCACCACAGGGACCAUCACCGUGGCGAUGGCGGGGCUGGACCGGGAGCAGAUGGACUCGUACCUGCUGGUGGUGGAGGCGCGGGACGGAGGGGGCAUGACGAGCACCGGGACGGCCACCAUCAGGGUCCGGGACAUCAACGACCACGCGCCCAUCUUCACGGAGCACGCCUGUCUGGCCAGGGUCUCGGAGAAGGCGGACAUCAACGCAGAGGUCCUGGACCUCUCUGCGGUGGACCGCGACGCCGGGGAGAACGCCCAGCUGACCUUCAGCGUGGUGGCCGGCGACCCCGAGCAGAAGUUCUACAUGGUCAGCCAUCGGCAGGAGCAGCGAGGGAGCCUGCGCAUGAAGAAGCGGCUGGACUACGAGCGACCCAACGAGCAGAGAUUCAACCUCACCUUGAAGGUGGAAGACCUGGACUUCUCCAGUCUCCUGCACUGCGUGGUGGAGGUGGAGGACUAUAACGACCAUCCCCCCGUCUUCAUCCCACACUUCAUCUCCCUGGGCCCGCUGUCCGAGGAUAUCGCCAUGGGAACCAGCAUUGCACGGCUGGCGGCUAGCGAUUCGGACUCGGGCCAGAACAGGGACCUGACCUACAGCCUCUUGGACGAGUCCGACCCGGACGGCAUGUUCGCCAUCGACCAAGCGGGCGUGGUCACCGUGGCCCGGCCGCUGGACCGCGAGGCCUCAACUCAGCAUCACUUGAUCGUCAUAGCGACGGACCACGGAAUCCCUCCUCUGACGGGUAGCGCCACGGUGCAGCUGUCGCUGUUGGACGUGAACGACAACGGGCCAGAGUUUGAGGCCGUGUACACUCCCGUCAUUUAUGAGAAUGUCUUCGGCCCUCAGCUGGUGAAGAUGAACCAAACCUCCACCCUCAUUCACGUGGUGGACCGCGACUCCUCCCAGAACGGGCCGCCCUUCCACUUCUCCGUCCCGCCCGACUAUCGCCAUAGCAACGACUUCUACCUGCAGGACAACCUUAACGGCACGGCCUCGCUCACGGCCCUGAGGACGUUCGACCGCGAGCGCCAGAAGGAGUUCCUCAUCCCCGUCGUCAUGAGCGACAGCGGCGUGCCGGCCAAGACGGUCACCAGCAUGCUGACGGUAACCAUCGGCGACCAGAACGACCACGCCCACCUGCCCGGAGAGAAGAAGAUCAUGAUCAACAGUCACAGAGGUCGCUUGCCUACCACUGUGCUGGGCAAGGUCUACUCUCCUGAUCCCGAUGACUGGGACAACAAGACCUAUGUUGUUGAAGGACACAUGCCAAGCUACUUCAUGCUGAACAAGCGCACAGGCUUCUUGAUCAUCAAGGACAAUGCCCCGCCAGGCAGCUACGAGUUUGAGGUCCGCGUCACCGACGGCAUCUGGCCCGACGCUGUCUCCAAGGUUACCGUCCAUGUGAGGGAGCUCCGGGACGAGGCCAUCCACAACUCGGGGUCCCUGCGCCUCACAGACAUCACAGCGAGAGAGUUCCUGGAGCCCCGGGAAAGGCUGCGGAGCCGCUACGACCUGCUGGUAGACUUCCUGUCCGAGAUGCUCUCCGUCACCCCUGAUGACGUCAACAUCUUCAGCCUCAUGGACGUCCGGGAGAAAACGCUGGAUGUGCGCUUCGCCGUGCACACCGCACAGUCCUACCUACAGCCGGAGAAGCUGCACGGAUACCUGGUCGCCCACAAACAGAAGCUCCAGUCCUUCCUGCAGGUCAACGUGUCCCAGGUGCGGGUGGACGAGUGCCCCGGCUCGGACUGCGACGGCGCCAGCGGCUGCACCACCACCCUGAGCGUGCGUGACGCCCUGACCGUGGUGGACUGCGGGCCCGUGGGCCUGGUGUCGGUGACGGUGGAGCCCAUGGCCGUGUGCACGUGCCCGGGCCGAGACCACUCGCACCAGCCCUGCGGAACCUACCCGAGGAGCCCCUGCUUCAACGGCGGCACCUGUGUGGACACACAGAACGGCUACAGGUGCCAAUGCCUGGCGCAGUUCGAGGGGCCCGAGUGUCAGCAGAACAAACGCAGUUUCCACGGUAACGGCUAUGCGUGGUUCCCGCCGCUGGCGCCGUGCUUUGAGAGCCACGUGUCGCUGGAGUUCAUCACGGAGCAGGUGGACGGCCUACUGCUGUACAGCGGACCCUUGGCCCAGCUGCUGCCCUGGGACCAGGAAGACAUCAUGGCUAUAGAGUUAAUAGAUGGCACCCCAACCCUGAAGAUCAACCAUGGCUCUGGCACGUUGGUGCUCCAGUUGCCAGGCAACGUGAAUGUGGCAGACCGGAGGUGGCACCGUUUGGAUGUCCACAGCAACAGCAAGGAGGUGCGGUUCACACUGGAUCGCUGUGCAGGAGCCACAGUGAUGGAGAUGGAGGGGCUUGGCAGUUGGCUGACCACCGAUGACCACUCUUCCUGUGAAGUGACGGGUGUCACUCCAAACACAGACCGACACCUGAACAUGAGCCAAGUGCUCCAGUUAGGGGGUGUGAACGAGGAGGUCCCAUACAUGUACCCCCAGCUCCAGCACAAACACUUCAGCGGCUGCAUCCGGAACCUCGUCGUGGACAGCAAGCUCUAUGAUCUGGGCUCCCCGGCUGACGCCCAGUCCAGCUCCCCGGGAUGCCUGACCACGGACGCCAGCUGUGUCAACAUGGGCUACCCGUCCUGCGGACACCGCGGCCGUUGCCAUGGUGAAUGGGGCUCCGUCAGCUGCCAGUGCAUGGCAGGCUUCACCGGCCAGCAGUGUGAAGAAGAUGUUCCAGAGUACUCUUUUGACGGGCGCGGUCACGUGCACUACCACCUGGUGACCCCGAUGGCAGCCCGGAGGACGUGGAUUCAGGUUCUGAUCCGAACCCGCAAGCACAGCAGCACCGUCGUCUCCCUCAUCUCUAAGGAUCAGAGCGAAUACCUGCGCCUGGAGAUCUUCCAGGGCCUGCUCUGCGUCGUGUACAACCUGGGAGACGGACACUACAACCUGACCCUGCCCGCGCAUCGCCUUGACAACGGGGAGUGGCACGAGGUGUUGCUGGAUCGCUACGACAACGAGAUGACACUGCGGCUGGACGGCGGCGGGGGUCGGCGGGAGGUCACGGGGUCGCGGGGUCGCAGCCGGGAGAUUGUGGUGGACACCACGGCGGUGACCGUCGGGAACUCCCUGCCUUCUAGCGGCAACAAGAGCUUUCAAGGUUGCAUGAGGGACCUACGCAUCAACGGUCGCUACAUCCCCAUGGACGGCCAUCCGCGAGACGGUGUUUCCCAGGUCAGCAUGCAGGGUCUCUCCUUGGGCUGCUCUUCGGACUCCUGCAAGAGGAACCAGUGUGCCCCUCCCUUCACAUGUGUGGACCUGUGGAGAGUGCACGAGUGCCGGUGCCCUGCCGGUCACAUGAUCCGGGUCAACGGCACCAGGAAGUCGUGCGUGUACACGCUGUGCGCCACCCACCCCUGCCACCGGGGCACCUGCGUGGCCCACUCGCCGUCCAAGUACACCUGCCACUGCCCCGACGGCUUCCGGGGCCACCGCUGCGAGACCACCCUGCCCGUGUACCGCGAGGACGUGGGCCUCAGCUUCAGCUCCCUCUUCGCCAUCUGCAUCUGCUUCAUGGCGCUGCUGGUGCUGCUGCUGGGUAUCUUCCUGUACACGCGCUGGCGGAGCUACAAGGGUCUGAAGGAGGGCGUGUACCACGUCUCGGCCCACCAUGACGGCUGGGAGGACAUCCGCGAGAACGUCCUCAACUACGAUGAGGAGGGAGGGGGGGAGGAGGACCAGAAUGCCUACGACAUGGCGGAGCUGCAGAAAUCCCUCCAGCCCAGCCCGGCCCAGUCGGUCCAGUACUGCCGCAUGAGGGCCCUGCACCACCCGGUCCUCCCGCUCUCCCAAACCCAGCAGCACCACCAGUACCACCACCAGUACCACCACCUCCUGCACCACCACCACCACCAGGCCCAGCCCGCCCCGUCCCAAGCCCAGUCGCAGGACCCCCUGAGCCGGACCAACAGCUCCAGCACGCUGCCCCCCUCCGUGGCCUCCUCCUCCUCCUGCUCCAACAAACAGGGCUCCGCCUCCUGCUCCGCCUCCUGCUCCGCCUCCUGCUCCGCCGUCACCACGUCCACGGUGUCGGCCCCGCCUGUCCGCCGGGACGUGGCCCCCACGAGACUCCCGGCGCAGGGCCAGGCGCGGCCCCUGGCGCUGGCCCGCCGCUCCCUGUCCUUCUCCAGCCAGGACCUGGCCCGCUACCUGUGCGAGAUCAUCCGCGACGCGGACCAGCACCCGGACGCGGGGCCCUUCGACUCCCUCCAGGUGUUCUCCACCGAGGGGGGCGGCUCCCCCGCCGGCUCCCUCAGCUCCUUCGGCUCGGCGGGGCUGGAGGGGGGCGCGGGAGGAGGCGCGGACGGGGCGGCGGCCGGAGGAGCCGGAGGAGCCGGAGGAGCCGGAGGAGGAGAGGCCAAGAGAGAGGAGACGCUCGGGGACUGGGGGCCCUGCUUCGAGAAGCUGCGGGCCCUGUAUGAGCAGCCCGAGACCAGCGACCUCUGA